CAGUUAUCGUUUCAAGCAUGGAGCUUAUCAAAACUUCCAUCUUCAUAUUCUUGGCACUCCUCCUUAUCAAGAUAAUAAUCAGAAAGCUUUAUCACCGCCAACUCCAACCCAACUAUCAACCCCCAGGCCCUAGAAACCUCCCCAUAAUUGGCUGCAUGCACCAUCUCCUCGCCGGCCGCCUUCCCCAUUGCGCUCUCCGCGACCUCUCCCUCAUCUACGGCCCCAUUAUGCGCCUAAAACUAGGCGAGAUCCACACCAUCAUCAUUUCCUCUGCCGAAGCGGCCAAAGAGAUCAUGCAGACCCACGACAUCAUGUUCGCAUCGCGGCCCGUCUCCCCCAGCAUCGACGUUCUCUUCUACGGUGGCAAAGGUCUCAUCUUUGCUUCAUAUGGCGAGUUUUGGCGCCAGAUGCGACGAAUCUGCACCAUGGAGCUGCUCAGCUCGAAGCGUGUUCGCUCCUUUCGCGCCAUAAUAGAGCAGGAGGUCUCCCAUCUACUUCAAUCCAUUAAUGCAGCAUCGUCCGCCGGCGUUGACAUCAACCUAAGCAGGGAGUUCGCCAACCUCAGCAACAACAUCAUGGCAAUCCUAGUUGUUGGCAGUCGGUGCGAGGACCAGAAGUUGUACUUAGCGGCGCUCAAAGAAGUUAUAGAACUGAACUCCGGUUUCUCCCUGAUCGAUCUAUUCCCUUCGAUGCCCGACUUCAUCAAAAGCAUCGCUGGCUUUCGACAGAAGCUAGAGCGCUGCAGGUUGAAGUUGGACCGAAUAAUAGAGAAAAUACUGCAAGAGCACAUUGAGAAGAGGGCUCAAAAGUCCGUGGAUGCGGAGGAUCUCACUGACGUGCUUCUCAGAAUCCAGCAGGAUGGCAACCUCCAGUUUCCGCUCUUAAACGACCACAUCAAGGCUGUCAUUAACGUGCGGUGUAAUCUCUUAAACGACCACAUCAAGGCUGUCAUUAACGAUAUUCUUAUGGCCGGAAGCGAGACAACCGCAACUACCUUGGAAUGGGCAAUUUCGGAGCUUGUUCGGAACCCAACGGUCAUGAAGAAGGCGCAGAGAGAGGUGAGAGAGGCGUUCGGCGACGGCCCGACUCAGAUAAUUGGAGAAGAGAAGUUGAUGAGCGGUAGACUUAACUACUUGCAGCUGGUGAUAAAGGAGACAUUGCGGCUGCACACUCCAGUGCCCUUGCUGCUGCCAAGGGAGAACAAAGAUAGAUGCAAGGUGAUGGGGUAUGACAUUGCUGCAAGGACAACGGUGAUGGUGAACGCGUGGGCCAUAGGGAGGAAUUCUAAAUACUGGGACGAGCCGGAGCUCUUUAGGCCGGAGAGGUUCGAGGAGAACCAGUCUGACAUGAAGGGAGCUCACUUUGAAAUGAUACCCUUUGGUGCUGGGAGGAGAAUUUGUCCCGGGAUGCAUUUUGCGUCGGCGAUGGUUGAAAUGACGCUCGCAUACUUGUUAUAUUAUUUUGAUUGGGAGUAUGUGGCUAAGAAUGGAGAGGAGCUUGACAUGAGCGAAGCUUUUGGAGUUGCAGUGAGAAGGAAGUCGCCUCUUUAUUUAUUAGCAAAACCUUGCUUUCCAAUUUCUGGAGCUAGGAGUAAUGCUUUAGCUCAUCCAAAAUCACAAAAAAUUUAA